UCUUCUCACUUCUUCUGCUGUCUCUCAUUUUCUUCCUCUGAUUUUCCCAAAACAUUUUCUAUCUUUCCUUCGAUUUUGUUUCCUCCUCCUUUUUCCAUUCUGGUUCCACUCAUAUGAAGCAGCAUCCAUUCGGAUCGAAACGGAAAAAUCCAAACCUUCCGAUCCAAAGUUUCAUGCUCGCAGCUUAGCUAGGCUAAUGAGCUUUCGCUAUGGCAUAGCUUUAUUUCUGGGUCGACUAAUAUACCCAUAUCUGAAACCUUGGCGUUUCGCUAGGGUUUUCGCCUGUGACUUGCCUUUGACUUGACUUUUUCAAUUUUUCGGAGAUAAGCUUUCCCUUUUUUUUAAAAAAAAAAAUUUCCGAGUCACGUGCCAUCGUCUCGGUAUUUCAUGUGAGGUCAUAAAUCUGGGGAUGUAAAGUGAAGAACAGGUUUGAUUUGUAUUCGUUUUGUUCCUUACAGAGAGAAAUCAAGAUGGCGAGAGAGAAGAUCAAGAUCAAGAAAAUUGACAACGUGACGGCGAGGCAGGUGACUUUCUCUAAGAGAAGACGAGGGCUCUUCAAGAAAGCCUCGGAGCUUGCGGUUCUAUGUGAUGCUGAGGUUGGUCUCAUUGUCUUCUCAUCCACCGGCAAGCUCUUCGAAUUCUGCAACUCCAGAGACUUAAUGUGCUUAAAGUCGUUUGCUGGUUCAAAAAAGAAAAAAAGCACGAAGGACAUGAUUACAAGGUAUAAUCAGUACUCUCAUGCCAUCAACCAACAAGACAGACCUUCUCUAGAACUGCAGCUAGAGAAUGGCAAUAACUGCAAAUUGAGUAAAGAAGUCGCCGAAAGAACGCAGCAGCUAAGGCGCAUGAAAGGCGAAGAUCUUCAAGGACUCAACCUACAAGAGUUGCAGCAACUGGAGAAACUCCUGGAAAAAGGACUCGGCCGCGUCAUUGAUGCGAAGGAAAAUCGGCUCAUGAGCGAGAUCACCGCGCUUCAGAAAAAGGGAAUGGAAUUGGAAGAAGAGAACAAGAAGCUGAAGCAGAAGACGGGGAUGCUGUGUAGAGGAAUAACGCAAGUGCCGGCGGUGGAGUCAUCAGAUAUUGGGAUUCAAGAGGAAGGCAUCUCAUCUGAUUCAAUGACCAACGUUUACAGCUGCAGCAGUGGCCCUCCUCUUGACGACGAUUCUUCGGAUACUUCGCUCAAGUUAGGGUUGCCCUACUCAAGCUGCAAUGGAAAGCUGUGACUGUUAAUAAUACUUACAAUAACAAGGUUUUUCCCUAGCUAGUUAUUAUCUUUGUCUAAUUUUCUUAGUAAUAUAAACUAUGCAUGUUAUGCUUGUAGUUCAAUUAUGUGAACGAGCAUGAUGUAAUUUGAAUGAAUGGCGAUAAGAAAAUGAGGGAUCAAUUCUUGUGCGGUCGGAGCAAACUAUACUGUUUGUGGUCCGAGAAAAGUUUUGACAGGUCCCUGUGUAUUUAUGUGUUAUGCAUACACGUUAUGAUGCUGGUCCCUAUGACAUUGGAUGACCUGUGCAUCCAUCAAAGGGUCAGAACAAGGGAAAUGACAAACAUGUUUCUGAA